AUGAAGCCCUCUAAGCCCGCAUCUGCCACGAUGAACGAGCAGACAUUUGUACCCGCAACUAUGCGUGCAGUUUACUACUCCCCGAUCAAGGCUGGUAAUGAAGACUUGGCCGGAGCAAAUUAUAGGCAGAACUACCGUGAGACCGACUCCGGCUUAGCUAUGGGAGCAUUGUUGGAUCCCGAUUAUCCAACGCCGCAACCAUCACCACACCAAUAUCUCCUCAAGAUCCAAUCAGCCACAUGGGGACAUAUGGAAGCGCCGCCAAACAGAUUUGUUAGCCCGAAGUAUCCGUCCACGCGCAUUCCACUACACAACGUAUGUGGAACUGUGAUCAGCACACCGACGGAAGAUCAUACAAGACCUGGGGGGCCGCGGUUCAAAAUUGGAGAUGUAGUUUUUGGGAUGUUGAGUUAUACGCGAGACGGCGGGGCGGCUGACUACGCGCUUGCGACGGAGGACGAGCUCGCGUUGAAACCAAUGAAUAUCAGUGCCGCGGAGGCGGCUUCGGUGGUUAUGCCAGCUCUGGUAGCUUGGCAGGCGCUUUUCCGGUAUUGCAGGACUCGGCUUUCUGCGAAAAGCAGUGAAAAUCCGACUAGCUCUACGCCCAUGCGUGUGCUAUUUAUCAACGGGAACGGCAGUAAGAUCGGUCGAAUUGCUAUCCAGCUUCUACGGGCGGGAAAUGUGGCCCCUGCUUUCGCUAGGCCAUGGAUCUGCGCUGUGUGUGAACGGGAGGAAUCGGAGGCGCUUAAGGAUGAAAUGGGUGUGGACGAGGUACUUAUCUCUCCGCCAUCCUCACAUAAACCCGUUGAUCUCGCCGCAACCUUCCACUCCCGCAACUGGGAUCCAGCGGAUAUUAUACUGGAUUGUUCCGGCGAUGCUACCUUCCGGCUAGCCCACGCAUCCUCCGUGGUGAAGGAUAAUGGUUUGCUGAUAAAUCUGGGAAUACCGUGGCCUGAAAUGAAGAGUACAGUCGGCCAGGGUUAG